AACUGAGAAAAGUUAGUAGUACAUCCCUCAUAUCCCCCAGCACAAUAAUAUAGCAGCGUAAUAUAGCAGCGUAUUCGGUUUCAUCGUUUUUGGUGAUGAGACCCAGGAUGGUGGUGUCAUCCGCAAUCUUCAGUAUGAUGUUGGAGUUGUGUGUGGCCAUGCAGUCAUGCAUGAACAGGGAGUACAGGAGGGGACUGAGUAUGUAGCCAUGAGGGGCACUGAUGCUCAGGGUCAGUGCAGAGGAGGUAAGGUUUCCCAUUCUCACCACCUGGGAGUCUGCUCGUCAGGAAGUCCAGGAUUCAGUUGCAAAGGGAGGUGUUAAGACCCAGGGUCCGGAGCUUGGGAAUGAGCUUAGCAGGUAAAAUAGUGUUGAAUGCAGAGCUGUAGUCUACAAACAGCAUCCUCACGUAUGUGUUAUCCUUUUCAGGCAGGCGAUGGGAGGUUUCAUUGGUAUGGGGACCUCAAGCCAGCAGUGGCUAGGGACAGUGAGCAGUUGUCCUGGUCCUCAGCAAACCUCACAUGGGAAUGGUGUUGGUCGCCUCAAACCAUGCAUAGAAGGUGUUGGAGAAAGGCGGCGGGACAGGCAUCACUGCUAUUCCUCCCUUUUGUAGUCGGUGAUGUUUCGCAGUCCACACCACUUAUGGGGUUCUGGUUCUUUAAGUUUCUGAUCCUGGUUGGAAUCACUGUGGGAGCCUUCUUUAUCCAGGAUGGAACCUUUCAUACUGUGUGGUUUUACUUUGGCGUGGUGGGUUCCUUCAUCUUCAUCAUCAUUCAGCUCAUCCUCCUCAUCGAUUUUGCCCACUCUUGGAACAAGAUCUGGGUGGGGAAUGCCGAGGAGGGCAACUCAAAAUGCUGGUUCGCAGGUCUGUUAUUGUUUACCUUCCUCCACUAUGCCCUGGCGCUCACUGCUGUGGUACUGUUCUAUGUCUACUACACCCAGUCUGACAACUGCACAGAGCACAAGGUCUUCAUCAGCCUCAACCUCAUCUUCAGCGUCAUUAUCUCCAUCAUCUCAGUCCUGCCCAAAGUACAGGAAGCCCAGCCCCAGUCCGGUCUGCUUCAAGCCUCCAUCAUCUCUCUCUACACCAUGUAUGUCACAUGGUCCGCCAUGACCAACAAUCCAAACCGUAAGUGUAACCCAAGCCUGCUGGCACUGGUGUCCAAUGUCAGCUUGAGCGAGUCCACCCCCACCAAUGCCCCAGGACAGGUGCAGUGGUGGGACGCCCAGAGCAUUGUGGGUCUGGUAAUCUUCCUCUUCUGCACUCUCUAUGCCAGUAUCCGUUCUUCUAGCAACGCCCAAAUGAAUAAGCUGAUGCAGACGGAGGAAGGCGGCGGUGGAUAUGGAGGGGAGGGCGAGGCUGGAAAGGACGGGGUGCACAGAGCAGUGGAUAACGAGGAGGAGGAGGUCACCUACAGCUACUCCUUCUUCCACUUUCACCUCUGCCUGGCUUCCCUCUACAUCAUGAUGACCCUCACCAACUGGUACCAGCCUGACACCACCACCCAAUCCAUGCAGAGCACAAUGCCAGCUGUGUGGGUGAAGAUUAGCUCCAGUUGGCUGGGCCUGGGUCUCUACCUCUGGACCUUGCUCGCCCCUCUCAUAUUCCCUGACCGAGACUUCAGCUGAACAGUCUCCUGGUCACCAUGAGCCUGUAGGCGAUCCAUUAUUUGUAUCGGUCUUGGCUACAUAUGAAAUACACUGUAUUUUUAGGUAUUAUAAACUUGGUGCUUUGAAUUCUUAUUGCUGAUUGACUGAUGGCUGUGGUAUAUGAGACGGUAUACUAUCGGUAUCACUUUUUAAUGCUCUAAUUGCAUUGAACACCUAUUUAUAAUACUACUAAGGCGUCUCAGGGGUUUGUGGUAUAUUGUCAAUAUACUCCACGACGCGUAGUGCCAAAGAACAACUCUUAGCCGUGGAUUAGUGGCUGUACCACACCACCUCGUUCCUUACUGCUUAAUUAUAGCACAAUGUUAACACUUAAAGUCCUUACUAAAUACCUUUUUUUUUGGGCCAUUAUUAUGCAAAGCUGCACUUAAUGUUUUCUAGCUUAUACAUUUUCUGAGAUCAGUUUGUCUCAGUAUGCACAUUACUAAAGUAUAGCAAAAAGCUAGUUCACCCAAAUGACAAAAUGGUGUUCCUACCCUGCCAGCAAUCUGUUGACAAAGUAUGUUUUGGUUUAGUUUCCCUGGUUGUAUUUUGUGGUGCAAGUCCAAACUCUUUGAGUAAAGAAAACUUUGCUGGUAUUUGUGCUACAUAUUAAUAUUUUGAAACGGUGCAAAGAGAUUUGACACUACAUCCAGAGACCACUUGCAGAGUGAGGAUAGCAAUGUGACAUUUUGUAAUUAGAGUCCUUACAAGGUUCAGAAACCUAUUACCUCACAUUGAUAAUAACAUCAGUCAGGAUUCCGCAGUUGAUAAAGUUGGCCUACCGACAGGCCUAGUUGUUGUUGAUUGGCUAGUUUAGGGAUUUCCCCAUCAUUGGCACAGCUCCCACAGUGCUGAAUCUUUAAGAGUCACCCUGUCCAGAGCCUCAGAGAAAUAGUGUAUGAGGGAGAUAAAGAGCAUCGGGACACACCCUAAUCAUUGUAAUAUCCUUACCUAUCUCACCCUAAGGCUGAGCUCUGCUAGGUCUGAUUAAGCUAACCUGAAUCAAACUGUGCACGCUCAAAUACAGUGUAGUCUAUAAGCAUUUGGACAGUGGCACAAGGUUUUUUGUUUUAGCUCUGUCUGUUGAGCAUAUUCACCUACAAUCUUCAUGGUUUAUAGAUUUAUUUAAUUUAUAGUUAAGUCUUCACUUUAACCUCUUAGCAAUUUAAUUUCAACUCCAGUGUGCUGGAAUACAGAGCCAUAACAAAUGUACUUGUCAUUGUUUGAAUGUUUAUGGACUGCACUGCAUUUUUUGUUAACAAUCUUUUUCAACAUAGUAACUAUGGAGAAUGUGCAUCCAGGUUAGGCCAAUAGAGCUUAGGUUUGACUCAGCUCAGGAGUGAAAAAAGGCUCUGUUAACCCCAAUUGUAGCAUAUUUAACUCUGGGGCUACACACAGUCCUCUCGAAGACAUCUGUGGUUCUGUUCCAUCAAUUGAAGUCUUUCUGGGACUUCUAUAUCCAUUGUCGUAGAUCUGUGCCAGUGUAUAUUUGUGUCUGAGGAGAUGUAAUUAUGAUUAGUUGCAGUCCAUCUCUUGGGAGUAUCUUUUUGGGAGCAGAUUCUGAAUAAUCCUGGACAGAAGCUAUUUCUGUGUAUUUUAUUGUAAUAGUUGGACUAGGCUUACUCUCUGGAAAACUGGCGACCUUUAUGUCUAUGGGGAUUUAGGUGAGGAAGUUGGAUUCUGAACUGUACUAUGAAAUGCCAUGUUGCCACAAUAUUACUGAGUAAGCUUAUUAAACCCAUUAGUUUACAAGCUCUAUGACCAUGUAUUUCAAUAAAGGUUUGAUUAUUGGUCACAUGA